AUGGAGAGCAGGGAGGACAAAUCCCCGCGGCAGAACCUCGUGGAAGAGGCCGUUUUGAGCGGCUCCACGGUGCAGGAACCCAACGGGGGGGAAAAGCCCUGGAGAUGCCGCACGAGGAGGAGCUGCAAACGCAGAUCACGGGGAUCUGAGGAGGAAAGAACCACCCUGGGCUGGGGAGGCGGCCGGAGAUGGAGCCAGAGCUCGGAGCUGGUGGUCCAUGAGCAGCUCCAGGAUGGGGAGAAGCCCCACAAGUGCUCAGAGUGUGGGAAGAGCUUCAGGUGGAGCUCCCAGCUGAGCAGGCACCAGAGGACCCACAAUGAGGAGAGGCCCUGCGAGUGUGGGGAGUGUGUGAAGAGCUUCAGCCAGAGCUCCAACCUGGUCGUGCACCAGAUGAUCCACACUGGGGAACGGCCCUACAAGUGUUCCAAGUGUGGGAAGAGGUUUCAGACCAGCUCCGAUCUCCUCAAGCACUAUCGGGUUCACACAGAGGAGAGGCCCUUCUGCUGCCCUGACUGCGGGAAGGGAUUCAGGAGGAACUCCCACCUCAUCACCUGCUCUCCUCUCCGGGGAGAGGCCCUAUGA